AUGGCCCAGGAAGCCCCUCCACUGCCGGAGGGCAUCUUCUCCCUUCUGGAUACCGAUCUGUACAAGCUAACGAUGCAAUGCGCGAUUCUCAAGUAUUUCCCUGACGUCUAUGUGACCUAUGGCUUCACGAACCGAACACCCCACAUGAAACUUCGACGCGGGGCAUACAAGUGGCUUUUAGAGCAGAUGGACAAAAUGGCCAAUGUCCGCGUCACCGCCGAAGAGCGUGCCUUUCUCAAAAAGAAAUGCCCCUACUUCAAUGACGCCUAUAUCUCCUUCCUAGAAACCUUCCGUCUCAAACCUUCCGAGCAAAUCGAGAUCAAAUUUACUCCGUCACAAGAUACAGGCAGUGAUGCGGAUGAGGGCACCGUGGAAUAUAUCAUCAAGGGGCUUUGGGUCGACACCAUCCUCUAUGAGAUCCCGUUGCUGGCGCUGACCAGCCAAGCAUAUUUCCUGUUCAGUGACACAGACUGGGACUACCAUAGUCAGGAGGAAAAAGCCUACCGAAAAGGCUGCACGCUGCUUGAAAAUGGUUGUAUCUUCUCGGAGUUCGGAUCGCGCCGCCGACGAGACUACCACACGCAAGAUUUGGUCAUGAAGGGGCUGUGUCGAGCGGCAGAGGACGGAAAGAAGCAUGGGUGGAAGGGUGUGCUCUCAGGAACGAGUAAUGUGCACUUUGCAAUGAAGUACGAUGUGAAUGCUGUCGGGACGGUAGCGCACGAGUGGUACAUGACCAUUGCGGCCAUCACGGACGACUACGAGAACGCCAAUGAGCUGGCUUUGCGGUACUGGCUUGGGUGUUUUGGCGAAGGAGUUCUGGGAGUUGCUCUGACCGACACUUUUGGCACACCGGCUUUCCUGGAUGCCUUCCGCAAGCCCAUCCCCGAAUACACCAGUGCUGGCGUUGGCGCUGUCAGCACCAUUCCCUCUGGCGCAGCCACCACUGUGGAGUCAACAGUGCAGAGCGAAGCAACCACAAAGCCUCCUAUCACCGCACCCAUCCGCAACGGCGGCAGCGAAUCAACCAAGACCUAUGCCCAGGUCUAUGCCGGGGUCCGCCAGGACUCGGGUGACCCCACGUACUUUGUGAAGAUGGUGCGCGAAUUCUACGACCGCGAGGGCAUCACCGAUCUCAAGACCGUUGUAUUCUCGGACUCGCUGGACAUCGAGCAUUGCCUAGAGUAUAAGGUAAUUGCAGAAGAAUCAGGGUUCAGCCCUGUGUUUGGCGUAGGGACUUUCUUUACAAAUGAUUUUAUCAACACCUCCAGCGGAGAAAAGUCCAAGCCACUCAAUAUCGUCAUCAAGAUCGCCACUGCCAAUGGUCGUCCUGCCGUGAAGCUCAGCGACAACAUGGGUAAGAACACCGGCGAUCACGAGAAGGUCCAAGAAGUCAAGCAAAAACUGGGCUACAUCGAGCAUACCUGGGAGCAGGGCGACGAGAGCAAUCGCUGGGCGCGACAGGAAUAA